AUGAGACUGGCCACACAUGAUUAUUCCCUUACCUGGCAUUGCAUCCAUCUUCGUGGCUAUCUGUCGGAAGGCUCCUCUCAGAGAAUCUUGGAAUUCACCGAAUUCGCUAUGCAAUCUGAAUACGAAAUUAAUACUCUGAAACAAGAAGCUCAGAGUCGUUGGUUGAAACCGCCUGAAGUGCACUUCAUUCUGCAGAAUCAUGAAAGAUAUCAGUUACAUCAUAAUGUACCUCAAAGGCCUACAAGUGGAUCUUUGCUUCUUUUCAACAAAAGGGUUCUUAAAUUCUUCCGUAAAGAUGGUCAUCAAUGGAGGAGAAAGAGGGAUGGUAGAGCUAUUGCAGAAGCACAUGAAAGACUUAAGGUGGGUAACGCCGAGGCCUUGAAUUGUUAUUAUGCUCAUGGAGAGCAAGACCCUACUUUUCAGAGACGUAUCUACUGGAUGCUAGAUCCAGAAUACGAACAUAUCGUCCUUGUUCAUUACAGGGAUGUUAGUGAAGGAAAAGAGGGAAAGCAAACUAGUGGACAUGUGUUGCAGUUUUCACCGAAUCCUACGACUCUCUUUUCAAGUCCAAGCUCCAUUGGGACACAGAAUGCAAGCAACAAUCACUACGUUGGUGACUCUACUGACAUACAUCAGCAUUCAUCGACUACUUCGCCGCAGGGGAAUGCUGAAGUCAACUCUGACGUUGUGCUUAAGAGUAACGGAGUUGAGACACCUGCAGGCAGUACAAGCUCUUAUGAGUUUGAAAGGAAGCAGGCUCUGAAGAGGCUUGAGGAACAGCUGAGUCUCGGAGAUGAUCAUGUUCAUACUGUAGAUCCACUCUAUACUGGAUCAGAGAAUUUGGAUAGUCUCCAGUUUUUAGAGUUUAGUAACGACAUUGAUCACCUUGCUCAACCAUCAACUGUACAUCAGAUUCAGAGACCAGAGAAUAGCAAACUGGAGAGAUGUUAUGGAGGGUAUGUUGGAGCUCAGUAUAAUGCUGAUAAUGUAAAUCCAGUCUACACUCAGAACGAAAGUUUGGAUAUUCUCCAGUUUUUAGAGUGUAGUACGGACACCAAUCACCUUGCUCAGCCAGCAAAUUUACAUCAGAGACCAGAGAAUAACAGACUAGAGAGAUGUUAUGGAGGGUAUGUUGGAGCUCAAUACCAUUCUAACAAUCUCAUGCUCGUUAAAAAUGAUUCAGGUGGUAAAGGAGGGAGUGGCGACCAAGAGUCUGAAUCUUGGAAAGAUGUGCUGGAGGCAUGUGAGGCUUCUAUAGCUCUUAACUCUGAGGGAAGCACACCAAAUUCUGCAACAGGAUUGCUACCUGGAUUGCAGGAAGAUUCCAAUUGGAGUUACAGCAAUCAAGUUGACCAAUCUGCAUUGUUGAUGCCUCAAGAACUUGGUUCUUUUGAGGUUCCUGCUUGUUUUUCUGUACCGGGAGCUCCAGAGAACAAUAGCCAGUACUGUAGAAUGAUGGAUGAUGAACAGGAAAUGGCGCUGCCUCUGGAGCAAGAUAUGAGACAGACAGUUGCAGAUAACCAAAAGUUCACUAUCCAGGACAUAUCACCAGAGUGGGGUUACGCCAAUGAAACUACAAAGGUGAUAAUCAUUGGAUCAUUUCUCUGUGAUCCAACAGAAUGUACAUGGUCUUGCAUGUUUGGGAGUGUUCAAGUUCCUUUUGAGAUCAUCAAAGAAGGUGCUAUUCGGUGCCAAGCCCCUCCAUGUGGCCCUGGAAAAGUCAAUCUAUGCAUUACUUCUGGAGAUAGACUCUCGUGUAAUCAAAUAACGGAAUUUGAGUAUCGUGAUAAGCCUGAGACAUCUUCCUCUAGGUGCAGUCCAGAAGAGCUUUCAUUACUUGUAAAGUUUGUGCAGACACUUCUAUCAGACAAGAAGACUAACCUAGACUCAGGCGUUGAGAAGUUGUUAAAGAUUCUGAAAGCUGAUGAUGACCAAUGGAGCCAAGUCAUAGAAGCGAUUCGAGAUGGCACUGCAACAUCAUCAAGUACAGUUGAUUGGCUUCUACAAGAACUGCUCAAAGACAAGCUAGAUGCGUGGCUGUCUUCAAGAUCCCAAGACCAAGAAUAUCAGAUAUCUUGUUCUUUGUCAAAGCAAGAACAAGGCAUCAUUCACAUGGUUGCUGGCCUUGGCUUUGAGUGGGCACUCUAUCCAAUUCUUGGCCAUGGAGUCAGUGUGGAUUUCCGUGAUAACAACGGUUGGAGCGCUCUUCAUUGGGCUGCACGGUUUGGGAGUGAGAAAAUGGUGGCUGCUCUUAUAGCUUCAGGGGCAUCAGCUGGAGCAGUGACUGAUCCAACCGCGCAAGAUCCAGCUGGUAAAACCGCAGCUUCAAUAGCUGCCUCUAAUGGCCACAAGGGUCUUGCAGGUUAUCUAUCAGAAGUAGCGUUAACAAACCAUCUCUCAUCGCUCACACUCGAAGAAACCGAAAACACUAGAGACACCGCUCAAGUGCAAGCAGAGAUGACUCUAAGUUCCAUCUCGGAACAAAGUCCUCUCGGUACUGACGACACGCUGGCUGCGGUGAGAAACGCGGCUCAAGCAGCAGCAAGAAUCCAGGCAGCUUUCCGGGCGCAUUCGUUUAGAAAGCGUCAACAGAGAGAAGCAGCUAUGGCUGCUUGCUUUCAAGAGUAUGGGAUCUAUGCAGAUAUCGAAGGGAUCUCAGCCAUGUCGAAGCUAGCGUUUGGAAACCACAGAAACUACCACUCAGCAGCUUUGUCUAUUCAGAAGAAGUACCGUGGCUAUAAAGGUCGUAAAGAUUUUCUUGCUCUUCGCCAGAAAGUUGUCAAGAUACAGGCUCAUAUUCGAGGCUACCAAAUAAGGAAGCAUUACAAGGUUAUCUGCUGGGCUGUAGGAGUUUUGGAUAAGGUUGUGCUUAGGUGGAGAAGGAAAGGAGCUGGGCUAAGAGGUUUCAGGCAAGAUGUAGAGACUGCAGAGGACAGUGAAGACGAAGACAUUCUCAAGGUGUUUCGUAAGCAGAAAGUAGACGGUGCAGUGAACGAGGCUUUCUCUCGUGUUCUGUCCAUGGCUAAUUCUCCAGAAGCUAGCCAGCAAUACCACCGCGUGCUCAAGAGAUAUUGUCAGACAAAGGCUGAGCUUGGAAAAACAGAGACGUUAGGAACAGUUGGUGAUGAUGAUGAUGGGUUGUUCGACAUAGCUGAUAUGGAAGAUGAUGAUUUGUUUUCGUUGCCUUGA